CACACCUUUUAUGCCCUAGAAAACAAACCCUACGCAAGUUACACAAGCGCAUUCAUAGGGAUUUAGAAGACCAGCUAGCUAGCUAAUUGAUCGAUAAGCAUCAAGAGUUCGAAAGGUGGAUCAUCGGAGGCAUGGAAAGAGGCCACUUCCUUCGGAAGCAUCGGUGGAGAAGAAGACUGACGAACAAGAAAACGAGUUUGCCACUUAUGGCUACUCAUCUUCUUGGUCGGAAACCGAUGCUUCAGCUAUGGUAACGGUUCUUGCUCAAGUCAUGGGAAGCAGUCCUCAUGAUCAAAGGCCGGUGACUAUGAUUGAUUCAACCCAUAUGGCAGUUCCAAGAGUAGCUCACGUCGAGAGGGAGACUGCCUCGUCUCAUCUCAUUCCAGAUCGAGAGAGCACCAUGAGGAGAAGACAUUACAGGGGAGUGAGGCAAAGGCCUUGGGGGAAAUGGGCAGCGGAGAUUCGUGACCCGAAAAAGGCCGCUCGGGUUUGGCUUGGGACCUUCGAGACGGCUGAGGAAGCAGCCAUGGCCUAUGAUACAGCUGCUCUCAGGUUUAAAGGCGCCAAGGCUAAGUUGAAUUUCCCGGAAAGAGUUCAAGGGCUUGGAUAUUACGAUACUUCCGAGCUCGUGAUGAGCUCCUCCCAAGCAAAUAAUCCUCCCAUUUCUAUGCCAUCGCGGGAAGAUCAUUUCCCAGACUUGAUUCAGUAUGCGCAACUUUUGUCGAGCAAUAACACUGAUAUCCCUCUCGAUAAUUCGAAUAUCAGCUUCGUGAGUCAAGGAACAACUCCUGGUAUGCAUACUUCUUCGCCUUCUUCUUCUUCUUCUUCAUCCUCAACCUCAUCUUCUUCCACAACUUCGACUCAGCAGCAGGGGUUGUCGAGUUCAGAUUUUCGAGGUAAGGGAAAGAGCUUGGAUCCUGGUUAAUAAGGCAGAGCUAUGAAGCGAAAGGUUUUAUUAGAACUUGUAUUGGAUAUACUUAAAUAUGCAUGCAAUUCUGCCGAAAAUGAAAGGCAUGCAAUUGAUUAAGGUUCGAUUUUUGUUUUGAAAUUCUUUUUUAUUGUAGGCCAGUUUAUUUCGACAUUUCCUUUUGGUUUCUUUUGCCAUACUACCACAAAAAAAUUUCCAUGGCAUAAUUCUAUUUAUGUCAAAAUGAAAAUUCUAUAAUUUUACAAUGAGAAUUGAACCUAGAAUCUGUUGGCUGA